UCUGCAAGGUCCCAACAUAAAGAAAUGUCAUUAUUAUUCUGCUACCAUACACUUCACCCUCUUUUCCUCUGUGUAAAUGUGCAAAGGUUCUCCUUUUUGUAUAUAAUGUGAAUGUGAAUAGCGAAUCAUCAUCACCUCAGAACCACUCUGAGGAUUCUGCACCACAAUACAACCAAAAACAAAUAUCAAAAUAAAAAAAAAGGGAAAGAAAGAGAAGGAGAUUUCUGUUGAUUAUUUCGGAAACUACCCUCUUCUGCUGACGGUGUACGCUGAAAAUCCUUUGUAUUUUUUCUUUUUGUACAUCAUCAUGUCUCUUAUUCUUCAUCUGGGUCAUCGCCAUCUUCAACUUUUAUGUUCAAGUUUUCAUCUUUAUGUUUUUUUUUUGUGUUUUUUUUUUUUUAUAAAUUUUGUUAUUCUGUUUCAUUGCAUGGAAUUGUCCAGGAUUAAUAUGAGAAGAGGAGUAGCAGAAUCAUACAACUAAUCAAAGAAAAAAAAAAGAAGGAAAAGAGUGUUUGAAUUCGAUCGUUAAACUGAGGGUUAAGUUUCCUCCUUACUCAAUAAGAAAGUUGGUGCAUCCACUGGUUGGAUAAAAAAUAUUUCAGCAAAUUAUUUGAAUAUCCUGGGGAUAAGAAAAUGAAUCACACUCGCAUGGAACCUUGUCAUGACCCACUUAAAGUAUCAAAAAUCCCUUUAGUUUCAGACAAAUUGGCUGAUAUGGUUAUAACCUUAAUAAGGAUUGGCAUACUUAUAUGCCUUAUUGCAUCCAUAUCACUUGCUCUUCAUGCAGCAUUCUCGAAACCAGACCGUUGGUUCCCAUUACCAGAACAUUUACAUGCCUUCCACAAUGCUUCAGUCACUGACAAUGAACCCACAAACAUCUCACACAUUCUAUUUGGCAUUGCUGGUUCAGCAAACACAUGGCUUGACCGUAGCAACUACAGUAAGCUAUGGUGGAAUCCAAACACCACUCGAGGCUUUGUUUGGCUUGACAAGAAACUUGAUAUUAUGCACCCUGAUAUGUUAGUGCCAUAUCAAAUCUCACAGGGCUGGACUCAGUUUAAGUAUGUGCACUCAGCAUCUGCAGUUCGGAUAGCUCGAAUAGUUUAUGAGAGCUUUAAACUCGGUUUGCCAAAUGUUAGGUGGUUUGUAAUGGGAGAUGAUGAUACUGUGUUUUUUACCGAGAACUUAGUUACUGUGUUGGGAAAAUAUGAUCACAAUCAAAUGUAUUAUAUUGGUGGAAGUUCUGAGAGUGUGGAGCAAGAUGUGAUGCAUUCUUAUAACAUGGCAUUUGGUGGUGGUGGAUUUGCAGUUAGUUAUGCAUUAGCAGCUCAACUAGCCAAAAUAAUGGAUGGUUGUCUCCAAAGAUACUUCUAUUUUUAUGGUUCUGAUCAAAGGGUGUGGGCCUGUGUGCAUGAAAUUGGGGUGCCUCUUACCAAAGAAAGUGGAUUCCACCAGCUUGACUUAAGGGGGAAUCCAUAUGGUCUUCUAGCAGCACACCCCUUGGCACCACUUGUAUCACUCCAUCACCUUGACUAUUUGGACCCACUGUUUCCCAACCAGACUCAAACACAUUCACUUAAAAAGCUCAUCAGUGCAUACCACAUUGACCCUGCCCGGAUACUGCAGCAAAGUUUUUGCUAUGAUCAUAAUCGUAGAUGGUCAAUAUCUAUUUCUUGGGGUUACACAAUACAAAUCUAUACAACAUUGUUGAUAGCAGCAGAUUUGCAGAUGCCAUUGCAGACUUUUCGGACCUGGCGAAGUUGGAAGGAUGGUCCUUUCAUAUUUAAUACUAGACCUAUGAGCUCUGACCCAUGCCAGCAGCCGGCUACAUUUUUCCUGGACCAGGUUACAAAGGUGGGAACGAGUGGAAGUAUCUCUAUCUACAAGAGGCAUGCAGGCAAUAAAGCAAAGUGCAAGAGAGAAGGCAUUAAUAAUGUAGAAGUGCAAAGAGUUAGGGUCUCUGCCUUGAAGCUGGAUCCAGAAUAUUGGAAGAAUGUACCACGGAGGCAUUGCUGCCAAUUUAUGGAUGGUGGAAGCAUAAAGGAUGGCAGUAUCCAUAUCAGGAUUAGGAAAUGCAGACCUCAGGAAACAAUUACUAUAUAGUUGAUCAGUUGUUUUUUUUUUUUUUUUUUUUUUUUUUGGUUCGGCAUAGUUAGUAGAUUGAUAUAACAUGAGUUUUAUAGGUCUGGCCGCUAACAUUUCCACCUAUGUACAUACAUAGUUGUCAAUAUAUUUAUAUGAUCUCAACUUUUUAUAAAUAAAUGAACCAGGAAAUUUUCUACUUGUAUGUAUUGCCACAAUAUCUAUAUAUUAUAAAAAUGUAUGCUAUUUUCCCUCCAUUUUAUAUUUUGUGGCUUCCUCUUCAAUCUUUCAAGCACAUGCUUAUGACUCCAGGAAGACCAUUGCCAUCGCUUCUUCAUUGGAUGUAAAUGUGUUUCACUCAGAAAUCAUGGUACCUUAUCCUGCAUAUUUUGAUGUAGUUCAAGCUUUCAUUUUACUUUGCUGAACCUUUAUGUGCAGGUUCAAGUGCUGACAACAGAACUGCUGACCUGGUCAACCUUUGAAUAUUGGGGCAGAGCCUGCAGAUCAUGGUUCAUGAAGAUAACUUGACCACAUCAUCACCAUAUAAAACUAACCAAUCUUGCAUUUCAAUCACAUUUUCUCUAUGUUAAAAAUUUUAUGUGACAGGUUUAGGAUAAAUAAGCACCAAAGGAUCAAAUAGCUUGAUGGUUGUUAAAAUAUCGGUUUAAAGGGGCAGAAAUUAGUAAGGUAUUAUUUAUGCUCUCCUUAAUGUAAUUGAAACCUGAAUUAGGCCUUGCUUUGUAGCCAAGCGGUUCCAACCCCGAAUUGUAUUUCCUUCUCUUUAUUCAAUUUGUGUACAGGAUGAAAAUGUAUAAUUUGAUACACAGCAU